UUUGGCGCUUGACGCGCCAAUUUAGGGAUGGCAGUAAGCAAAAACAGCGCAUAACAAUAGUUUUCAAGUUCCACUUUGUUUUGGAUUGUAUUUUUUUUCACAAUAGAAGUGAAACUGUCAAAAAUUUGACAAAAGGCGUACGAAAUAAACAAAAUUUAAAUAUGGAUCCGACUCUGUUUUUUUAUUUAAACUCCAGUGAAAGUGAAGAAGACGAAAAAGUUAUAAGGAGGAGGCUUAGAGAUCAAAGCAAUCCUUUGGACUUGCCAAACAAUGCAUUCUUGAAACGGUACCGCUUAUCCAAAGAGGCGUUCAGCUAUGUGCAGCGAAAAAUAAAUUUAAAGCAUACUGAUGUUAAAGCCGUGCACCCAGUGUUACGAUUGGCUGCCACUCUUUCACUUCUAGCUAGCGGUGGGUACCAACACAGCGUCGGAAGUGAUCAUUUGGUGGGAAUGUGUCAAAGCACUGUAUCAAAGUUGGUAUCGUUUGUUCUUAUUGAAAUGGAAAAUAAGUUGUGCCCACAUCUUAUACGAUUCUCACCAGAAGAUUCGUCUAGAUGCAAAGAAUGGUUUCUGGAAAAAUACAAAAUACCUGGAGUCAUUGGUUGUGUCGACGGAACUCACAUUGGUUUGCAGAAACCCUCUAUAGACGAACAUAUGUACAUUAAUCGGAUGGGGUACCAUAGUAUCAAUGCUAUGAUAAUGUGUGACCACACAUACAAAAUUUUGGCGAUCAAUUGCCGAUACGGUGGUGCGGCUCAUGACUCCUUUGUUUGGAAGCACUCAGAUCAAUAUAGAGUAUUGAAAGAACGGUUUGAGCUUAACAGACAGGAAAAUGCAUGGCUGUUAGGUAAACAUCUUUAUCGUCAAUACAUAGAUUUUAUAUUUCCUCUCUUCGCGCCAUAGUAUGUAUGUAUGUAUGUGCUUGUAUAUUUUCACGCUGUUCGAUGAAAAUAAUACACGUGUAAGUUUAUACAAAUGCUGCUUUGCUUGGAAUUCACUCAAUCCAUAACUAAGCUAAUGUACGGAGACGUUUCUAACCUCACUUGCGGCACGACGUUCGACUAUCAAAACAACUCUGGGCCAAUAUUCUUUAAUACACAUUUUACUUUGUGACUAAUUGCAUUCACAUAGGCGGAUUUUUACAUAUUUAUUUUAUGUAUGUUUCGUUUAGCUAUGCAUCUUUUAUGCUUUUUGUAUGCACUCUAUUUUGGGCAUGUUUGACGUAGCAAAUAAAGUCGCCGUGAAAGGAUCCAAUUUGUCUAGCGGUGAUAUUUAUUGGUUUGCUUAUUUCUUAAGUAAGUAUGUAUGUAUAUGUCGCAUGGUUUUAUGGGUUGUUUAUGCUACAAUGUAGGACUUAUGUAUUUUUUACGGAGCUAUUUAUUUAUAAGGAAUCCAAUUUUCAAGCAUUUUAAUUACACACAUAUAAAGACAUUUUAACCCUAUAAUAAUGCAAGUAUAUGUAUCUGGUCAUAAAAUUAAGGAGGUUUCUCUACGUACAUACAUUAUGCAUAACAGUAUGGGAAUUGUGUUUAUAUUUUGCUGUUUUUUUUAAAUUUAUUUUUUUCUUCAAUUUCGUUUAUUGAUUCCGCGACCAUAUUGUUCGCAUUGCGGGUGGAGCGCUCUACUUAAUUUGUUGUUUAUGUUUCUAUGUAUGUUUAUAUAGUUCAUAAAACUUUAGUUUUAAUUGAAAAUAAAAAAAACGAAUUUUUUGCACAUUUAUCGCUUCUAAUUUAAAAGGUGUCAAGGCUGUAAAAUUUCUGUAUCAUAAACGUAUUAUCCAUUCGUUAUGAUCAGACACCAUACAUUUUACUUUUAAUCGUUUCUAACUACAAUUGCCAAAUGAUAAAUGCAGAUUCUCACAAUUUCCAAUUUUUUUUAAAUUUGUUUUUAUUCGUUCAUGCCGUGUAACAUAAAGCGUACAAAUCUUUUAGGGGAUACUUAUAAAAAUACUGAUCAUAUACAUAUUUAUGUAUGUGUUUGUACAUACAUAUGUAUGUAUGUAAGUAAUUAAUUUACCUACUGAUUCCUUUUCUCGCAGUUCCUAUUUUAACUUCUACCCAUGAUUCUUAUAUUUUGUUCCUUUUUUUGUAUCACAAAUAUCAAGUUUUAAUAUUUAAUUUUACUCAUUAGAAUUAUCUUCCUUAUUAGAUGUUUGUCUUAAGUAGAGACAAAUGCAAGAUUUACUUUUAAAUUUUAUAUUCGCCCUUUUUUUUACUUCUUUAUUUUAAAUUUUAACCUGAUUGUUAGGUAUAUAACUAAAAACGAUGUACUAAAUUGCGUUAAAAAUUUUUUUUGUGGCCAAUAGGCCGUCCCAUCUUACAAGCAAAAAAAAAUAAAUAAAUACAAAUGCUGUAUACCCCUAAAGUAAUUUUGCAAAUCCAGUUUCAAAUAAAUGUUCCUGAAAUGAUCCCAACAUGGUUCUGAGCUAGCCCCGAAAUAGUUGUGAACUAGCUAGUUUCCACAUGGUCCUUAAGUUGACCCAAAAUGAUACCGAACUAGGCCUAGAAUAGGUCCAUAACUAGCCCGAAAAUUUUCCUUAAAGUCUCGAAAUUAUCCCGAACUAAGUAGUUCCCAAAUUAACGUAAUACAGCACUGAGCCAAUCCCGAAACGAUCCUGAAAUAACCCUGAACUAAUCCAGAAAUGUUAUUAGUACACACAAAAAGCAAUUACAGAUUUUCUGCUCAGUUAACGCAGUUUACCCAUACCGAGAGCUAUGAUCUUUCCACAUCAAACUCCUUUUUCCGAAAUUGUCUCCACGAGACAAGAACAUUGAUAUAUCAUACUUUAAGAUGCGACUGUAGAUCCCGAGCAACAUUCGGCAAAAAUAUUUUACGGCUCAAGGGGUACGGGGAACAUUAUCUUUUUUGUAGGGUCUAGUGGUCAUUGUACCUCAACAUUUUAACGAAUUUUGUUAUUUUUUGCACUUUCUAAAAGUGCUCAACACCCAAGUAUUCUCAGAUGAUCUGAAGACGCGGUUUGGAACAUGGAUGCAUACCUUACACCAAGGACCGGCUGUACUUUAUCGAUCAUAUGUUAUAUGCAUGAUAUCGAAAACGCCAUAAUGAUGUUUAACUGGGAGGUAGUGAUAACCGGACAUUAAGCAAACAGUCCUUAGAUUUAACAAAGCGCUAUUAUCACGGCUGCACAGGUCGCCUUCUUAGUAAUCAGUUCGGUGUUAUGAGUACAACUGAAAAGCUUGAUGUAGAGUUGCCGCCUUAUAGCCCAUUUAAGCAUACUUGCACUGCUUUACCAUUUUUACGUAGAAAUCAAAAACCAACAGACUUCUACGUAUGUAAUGCUGUG